AGGAUGCAUGGGCAUGCAGUAGAAAGUGAGGGGACCGGAUGCAUUUGUGUGCUGAAAGCUGCAAAGGAGAGCAGAGAUAAUUUCCGGAAAAGGCACAAACACGCAGAAUCAAACCUUGCCCUACUACACAUACAUUUUUCUCCUUUGGGGGAAAUCCAUUUUCAUUAUUUGCAGAAAUCGUGUGCCUAAAUUAAGUAAGAAGAGGAAAAAGGAAAAAACAGGGGGAGAGGGAGUCGGUCUAAGGAUGGAAAAGGAGGAGUGGAGCGACGAUUUGGGCGAGAAAUUAGAUUGGAAGAGAGGGGCAAAGCAUUCAAAUAGGUUUCCUUAGAUUUGGAUUAAUAAUAAACCUUUUUGAUCUUUUUUUAAGGAAAAAAAAAGAUGGGAUUUUCCUCGUCUCCUUUGUUUCAGUAGUGUAUAUAACUGAUCUGAUCUGUCUCUCGGACAGCUCUCAACAGCUGGUUGAGAAAAAUCCGAUGCUCUCGGAUACCCUCAGGUUUCUCUCUCUUCAUUUUCUUGCUUUUGUGGGCUUUCAGUUUCAGCCCUUUUGAGUGUGCAGCAAAAUUGAGUAGCAAUCUUUGCUGAAUUAUGAGGUGGAGUUGUUCUUGUUUUUGGGUAUAAUAAAGGGGCAAUCUUGACCCUAUGACUGUGAAGAUUUUGUGUAAUCUAAAUGAUGGAGAUCUGUGUUCUUUAAACUCUUUCAGAUUUCCCAUUUGGGUUCUUUUUUUUCUCUUUUUCCCCUCAAAACCCCCUCAGAUUUUGUGUUUUCUAGAUUUUGGGUAUCUCAGGAAUAUGGUGGGCGAUAUGGUGGAUGGCUUAGCAUUCAAGAAAACAGCUCUAGGUUCUCCUUUAAAUCCCAAGAUUUCUUGUUGAUCUUGAAUGGCUCAAAGGGAGGAUGGCUCAAGAAGAGCAUUUCUUUGGGUGCAGUUAUAGCGGCGGUGGAGGUAGUGGUGGUGGUGGAAACGGCGGUGGAGGCGGUGGUGGUAGUGGUUGUGGUGGUGGUGUCAGCAGCAGUAGGUCAAAAACGGCGAAGCAGAAAAAAGUGCCCCAGAGAGGAUUAGGUGUUGCUCAGCUUGAGAAGAUUAGAUUGGAGGAACAACAAAAGAAGGAAUCUUUACAAGUAGCUAACAUUCUGGCAAAAAAUUCAGUUGGUUCAUCUAGUGAUAAUGCCCAGUUCUUGGCUGUUCAAUGCUCCAAAUUUAGGCCAGGUCUUUCCCCUCUUCACAAGUCAGAUCCUAAUCUUGAAAUUCUGCAUGAAAAUUCAGUUCAAAUUCCCAAGAAUUUAAAUGCCGGUGGAGGGGAAAUAGGUGUUGAAGCCAUUUCUAGCCCAGGACAUGAAAAUAGGCCUAUAUGGUGGAAUGGUGAGUACAAUCUUCCAGGAGAGAAACAAAGGUUAGGUACACAUGGAUUUGCAUUUGAGCCACAAGUGAGUUUACCGUAUCAAUCAAACUCCCCAUUUUUACCUCUUCCAGUUGUGCCUCAGAGAUCACAACAAUUUCAGUGGCCAUGUUCUUCUUCUUCUUCAGUGAUGAAUUCCUCAACCGGGAUUUCAGCGUCGUCUAUACUAAGUUCUCAGAUGGAGCCCCCUUCAAACCAAAGUUCUCGCGGUAACAAUUAUGUGCCUUCAUGGUCAGAGGAAGAGAAGAUGGUUGGCAUGAAGAGGUCCUACCCCUUCUUGGUAGAAAGUCAGCCAUCCCGUUCCUUACACUGCAACUUUCAUCCUAGCUACGCUGCCUCCUUAUCUCGAUCAGAUGAAUUUGAUUCAUGUAGCAAUGGUUACAAAGCUCAUAUGGAACCAAGAAACAAAUGCGUCAGAGAAAGCUCUUCAAACUCAAGUCCCCAGCCUGAGCAGAAUCCUAGCGAAGUAACCAGAGAUAAGGGGAUGCUUAACGGAGACUUCUUAACACUUGCUCCUCCGGUAGUUGUUUCUCAACCUUCAAACUCAGAGCACAAGAAUACUUUGGACUAUUCAGGUUACAAACGGCCCGAAUUAUAUCCCUAUGAACGCAUACCAAGUCAGGAUUAUGCCAAAAGCCAGAUCCGUCACCCUGGACCAAGUGGAUUAGUAGAACGGGCAGUUAGCUUCUUGCCAAUUACGUUGCAAAUCGACCAAACUACCACCAGUGUAAGCAAUGGCAAUGGUGAGAAGACAGAAACGAUCGAUCACAGUUUAAAGCUAUAGAAGCUUGAUUAUGUGUAAAUCUUUUACCUCUAAACAGCUUGUUAUCAUACUCACUGUCAUUGCCUGUUGGUUGUCCUCUCACUAUGCGAGUUCUCUUCAAAUUUUAUUAUGUUUUAUGGAUUUCUGUAGUCUAAACAAUUACAGAUCUGCAUAAAUUACAUCCUUAAAAGACCAAAUCUAAAUCUUGGUCAUGCCUUCGUUUCCUUUCUUUCUCGCAUUACUUUCAUGCUGAAGCAACUUUGCUGGUUGCAGCCACCAAACCAUUUGGUGUUUCCGGACAUUGUUUACUUGUAUUCCAGCCGGUAAACUUGGUAGAAACGACACUUUAGCAUGUGAGUUUGUUGGGAUUUUAUUAUGAUCUUGUCUUUUCUGAUUUCUCAUGGGACCUUAUAUUUGAGUUUCAUUGUGUAAAGACUGUAGCUGAGUUCUUGAAAAUGAUACAUUACCAAGAAAUCCUUGCUUACCAGAUAUGACACGACAUAAACUUCCCCAUCCUAGUAUCAAGAGACUGUGCCUGUCUGUUUCCUUGUAUUAGAUAACAGUUUUACCCAUUUUCACCAAAAUCUUUGUUGAAGUGUGGAGCUUGUCCGAAGGUGAUAUCCAGGCUGAGCAUUUGCAAAUCCAGAAAGAUAUUUGCUUGGGGUAGAAUUGUAGUUUUACAGUUGCUCCAUAGACGUCUUAGUAUAAAUAGUUGACGGGCUACCUUUCAACGUAAUUCACACGAAACUAUCGUAGUACAAACCCGAUCUUGAGCAACCUUGGACAUAGGAGAAUUCUCCAAACAAUGUAGAUCCUAUGUUACACAAUCACCUCAUUUCUGUAUUUGUUGCUCACUUCCACAAUCUAACUGAAUUUCAUU